UCCGCCCGCCCGGCCCCGGCCCCCAGGAGGAGGCGCUGACGCAGCAGCGUGGAGCCCGGGAAUUGAGCGCCCCCGGGGGGUUCCAGCCGCCGGAUUCCAGCCCGGCCGGGGCCUGCGGGCGCCCAAAGCCGCGCCGUCUGCGCCGCUGGUCCCGGUUGCAGGGGUUCCAUGACACACACUCGGAGGAAGUCCCUUCCUAUGCUGAGUUCCGGCCCCACUGGCCGAGGGGAGCCCCUGCAGAUGGAAGACAGCAAUAUGGAUCAGGGGGCUGAAGAUGUGGAGCCAGGCGUGCCUGAGAGCCCUGGGCACCUCACAGGGCGUCGCAAGAACUACCCAUUGCGUAAACGUUCGCUGGUUCCAGAGAAGCCCAAAGCCUGCAAAGUGCUGCUGACUCGCCUGGAAAAUGUGGCUGGUCCACGGAGUGCAGAUGAAGCUGAUGAACUGCCCCCUGACCUGCCCAAGCCCCCUAGUCCGACCCCGUCCAGCGAGGACACUGGUCUUGUGCAGCCCCGCAAGCGGCGUCUCGCCUCCCUUAAUGCCGAGGCCCUCAAUAACCUGUUGCUGGAACGGGAGGACACCAGCAGCCUGGCAGGUGCCCGCCGAAGCCGAGGAGGGGACCCUCACCGUAACCGGGACCGAGCCACGGGGACCUGGUCUUUCUCUAAGAAGCGACCUCGGUUGGGAGAUCUUGGAGAAGGAAAUCGAGACCUGUCCCCAGAGCCAGCCCCAGAUGAAGGUGCCCGUCGAGAUGGAGACCCAGCUCCCAAGAGACUGGCUAGCCUAAACGCAGCUGCCUUCUUGAAACUCAGCCAGGAGCGGGAGCUGCCUCUUCGACCUUCUCGCGCCCAGGCAGAAGCAGAUGGGCGCUCCACCGAGCCCCUGGCACCCAAGAUCCCGCGACCAAAGUGGGCCAAGGUCAACAGCAAGAACUGUCCCAAGGCUCGGCAGGGGGCCGGCUCUGGGGAAGCUACAGGGACCCCCAGCUGGCAAGAGCAGCCCGAUGAGCCUUGGCCAUCUGCUGCUCCUCGUGGGUCACCCAUCCAGCCAUCUCACCAGGCCCCGGGCAAGGCUCUGGAGAACCCCUUGCGCCCCAACCUGCCUCUGCUGAUGGGUGGGCAGGCAGCCCUGAAGCCAGAGCCUGGGCGUCCAGGCGAGGAGUCACCUGCCCCAAAGCAGGAACUGCAUCAGCCUUCUUUCCCAGCACCUCAGCUGUCUCCGCUGCCGAUGCCCGGCAACCCAGCCGACUACAGCGGUCUGUGCGGAGGAGGCCCGGAGCUCACUGCACUGGGCAGCUUCUACCUGUACUGUGGUCAAGACGGGCCGCAGUGUGGAGGCUACUCCCCUUGCCCCAUGCUCCCAGAAGGCAAGCUGUCUCCAGUGGCAGCCCCCAGUGAGGGGCUGCUCAUGGCCCCGAGCUCAGUGCCCUCUGGUAUCCCUUUCCAGCACCCUCCUUGGAGCUCAUCUCGCUACUGCUCCAGUGAGGACACUGGAGCGAACGGCUACAGCAUCUGUGGGGUGUUGCCCCUGUCUCUCACCCGCAUUGGCACUACCUGUGGCGGCUGCCCCUAUAAAAUGCCUUUUACCGCAGAAGGCUGCAGGUCCCUCGGCCAGUUGGAAUUUCCUCUCCCGGAAGCUGGCCACCCAGCCUCACCUGCUCACCCCCUCCUGGGAUGCCCUGUGCCCAGUGUGCCACCUGCAGCAGAGCCCAUCCCCCAUCUUCAGACACCCACCUCAGAGCCCCAGACGGUAGCCCGGGCAUGCCCUCAGAGUGCCAAGCCUCCGAGCGGUUCCAAGUCAGGUCUACGCACAGGCUCCAGCUGUAGGCACACUGCAAGGAGCAAGACUGCCCGCAGGCCCAGCCACCCCAAGCAGCCACGUGCCCAGCGCCCACGUCCUCGCCGCCGCCGUCGCCGCCGCACCAAUGGCUGGGUCCCUGUAGGUGCCGCCUGUGAGAGGGCAGUGUAUGUGCUGGAUGAGCCGGAACCCGCCAUCCGAAAGAGUUACCAGGCAGUUGAGCGACAUGGAGAGACAAUCCGAGUCCGUGACACUGUCCUCCUCAAGUCAGGCCCAAGAAAGACGUCUACACCUUACGUGGCCAAGAUCUCUGCCCUCUGGGAGAACCCUGAGUCAGGGGAACUGAUGAUGAGCCUCCUAUGGUAUUACAGGCCUGAGCACUUACAGGGAGGGCGCAGCCCCAGCAUGCAUGAGCCUUUGCAGAAUGAAGUUUUUGCAUCGCGACAUCAGGACCAGAACAGUGUGGCCUGCAUCGAAGAGAAGUGCUAUGUGCUAACCUUUGCUGAGUACUGCAGAUUCUGUGCCAUGGCCAAGCGCCGAGGCGAGGGCCUUCCCAGCCGAAAGACAGCACUGGUGCCCCCAUCUGCAGACUACUCCACCCCACCCCACCGCACAGUGCCGGAGGACACGGACCCUGAGCUGGUGUUCCUUUGCCGCCAUGUCUAUGACUUCCGCCAUGGCCGCAUCCUCAAGAACCCCCAGUAGCCUCUUCACGCCCACACUGGGGCUGCCUUCGGGAGAGUGGGGCCUGGGGCGGGGGUCACUGCUUGAAGCACAGCACUUGGGUAAGGGGCCAUGGGUGGCUGGCCUGUGGUUCUCUGGGGGGAGGGUGGGCAGGGGCCCUGUGGAUUCUGGGCCCCAUGGGAGAAAAGGAAACCCAGAUGGGAGAAAGGCAAGCGAGCCCUCAGCUUGGCUUGGGGUGCCCAUCUGUGCACCCCAGGGUGGAGAUUCCCGAAGAUUCAGUCUUCCCUGAGGUUGGGCCAAGCCUGAGGGACAUGGGCCAAGGAAAGGCAGAGGCAAGUAGAAGGGAUAAAGUCCUUCCAGAACCAGGCCCUUUUCUAGCCUCCCCAGGCCUUUCGAGGGGAGCAGGAGCCAGCUUUACCUCACCCACUGUGACCCGCUGCUUCCCUGUCUGGCCUGGGCCAGGCUCUGCAGGUUCUAGCACAGCUCUGGCUUGCUGCAGUGAGCCAAGAGAGCCAAGCUUUUACUUCCUCUUCCUGGACUGGAUGGAGGCUUUUCCCUGCCUUUCUUCCUUCACCCCUGCAGUAGCCACUGGUGCUGGCACAAGUUGACCCUGCCUACCCAUGAGUGUCAGCCUCCUGUCAGCUUUCCAUUAAGGGCCACCCAGCAGGUCUGGCUUCCCAGAAUACUGGUCAACAUGAAG